AUGGCCGCUCCUGCUGCAUCCAUUCAACGCAGAUCUCAAUAUUCAGGUGACGGUACCUACUAUUCCGUUGGCCUAGGAAGCUGUGGAAAAACCAACGAAGAUUCUGAAAUGGUAGCUGCUCUCAACGCACCCCAAAUGGGUAAGAACAAGUAUUGCGGCAAGUCCGCUAAAGUGAAGGGUCCCAAUGGCUCUGUUACUGUCAAGAUCGUCGACACCUGCCCCGAGUGCGACAGUGGAAGCUUGGAUCUCUCACCCUCUGCCUUUAAAAAGAUUGGUGACAUGUCUGACGGCCGUAUCUCCAUCUCCUGGGAAUGGGCUUAA